CACUUAAACAAACAACACAGGCCCCUCAUUCUCCGUCGCUUCUGCAACCCAUUUGGCCAAAGAUAUCAAAACUAUAUAUAGAACACUUACCACUACCUCUCCUCCACGACAUCCAAACAACAAUCUCAGCCUCUCUCUCUCUCUCUCUCUAGUGAACUCUUUCUAUAAAUCCCAAAAGCUCCCUUUCUUUACUUCUCAAGUUCCCUAAUAUGGCCUCUUCUGUUUCUACAUUGCUCUUCCAAGUUCUCCUGGUGGUUUCCCUCUUACAUCUCUCCAAUGCUGGGAGGAGACUCACUGGAUCGGUGGAGGAGCAGUCUAUGCUCUUCCAAUACCACAAUGGUUCCCUUCUCUCAGGCAAAAUCUCUGUUAAUCUCAUCUGGUACGGCAAUUUCAAACCUGCCCAACGCGCCAUUAUCUCAGAUUUCAUCUCGUCCCUCUCUUCAACCUCACAAGCUUCAUUGAAGACCCAACCCCAACCCUCUGUUCUCACUUGGUGGAAGAUUACAGAGAAGUACUACCACCUCAGCUCCAAGAACAAGAAGCCCUCUUCCCUUUCUCUCCAAAUGGGUAAUCAGAUCCUUGAUGAGAAUUACUCAUUGGGCAAGUCCCUCACCAGGAACCAAAUCCUGCAGCUCGCAGCUGGAGGUGUUCAUAGAAACACCGUUAAUGUAGUUCUGACCGCAGCAGAUGUCACCGUCGAGAGCUUCUGUAUGGACACAUGCGGAAGCCAUGGUUCCCAAGGCAAGAAAUCGAAGUUCGCUUACAUCUGGAUUGGUAACUCAGAGACUCAGUGCCCGGGUCAAUGUGCUUGGCCCUUCCACCAGCCCA